AUGGAUUCAUUUAGGACUCUUCGCAGCAGCAUGGAGGAGGUAAAGGAGUACAUGUCACAGUCAGAGGAAGCGGCAAGUACUAGGCUGAGACAGGUAGAUGAGCUCACUGAAAAUUUGACUGCCAGAAAGGGAGAUCUUGAGAGGAGGCAAAGUGAGAAGAAUCAGAGGCUUAGAGACUUAGAGUAUCAUUUGGAGAUAAAUAGAUACAUGUUAAAGCAACAUUACGACUCCUUAAGGAAAGCCACAGACAACAAGUGGAGAGCACAGUGGCAACUUCAAAAUCUACAAAACAAAAUGAAGGAGGCAGAGAAUAAACGAAAUAUUGGGAUUGGGCUCGCAUUCAUUCCCGUUGUUGGGUGGAUCGCUGGAGGGAUAAUGAUUGGUGUUAGUCAGGGAGAUUUAGAACAGGCUUCCAGGGCAGCAGAUGAAGCAAACCGAGGUGUGAACCUAUUUCAACAUCAGAUCAACACCAGCUCCCAGAAGCACUCCGAGUACGAGAAGCAGAUCAGCCAGGUGAGGGUGGAGAUGAGUCAGGUGAGCGCUGAUGUGGAGAGAAUAUGGCAGGACCUGAAGACAGUGAAGAACCAGCGCACAACCAUAGCCAAUUUCCAAAGCAAGAUAAAGAAUGCAGUCAACCUCCUGGGUCAACUGGCCGGCACGGCAUCGGUGGCGGAGGUCCAGACAAGAGUCUUUGUGCUUCUGGGUCCUGUUAUCAGCGUACUGGAGAAUGUGAUUGAGCUGGCUGGUUACAUUACUCAGCAGUCUCUUCUCUGUGAGGACUUCUCUGUGAGGGCUCUUAUUGUUACUCUGCAGCAGAAUCAUGACAAGCUUAGGGCCAUUGAGGCUGAUAAAGAUGCAGACCAAGACAAUGAUUUUUAUUGA